UACCAUCAUCAGCAUAAGAAGGGGUAAGUUGUUAUAGGAUCAUGCAAUCAUCCUUUUCAACCCCCUCUAGUCGUUAUGCGUUGAACGCAGGACCUUCAUCGAAUAGGGCUUCUUCACAAUCAUUUUCAACACCAGUACAACAAGAAACGUCAAGAUUGAGUGAAAGCACAUCAUCACAAUUGGCUACACGUAAUGUACAGAGUCAACAACAAUCAUCACUCAACGUCUCUAAACCGCGAAAGUCUGCCGUUCCAGAUAUUGGCACGCCUAUCAAAGUUGCUUCUUUUUCACCUUACCGAACACCAGAAUCAACCUCAAAAGCAUCUUUGUUCCUUUCAAGAACUCCUUUCGGAACACCAGCAGCACGUAGUGGACCUGGAUCAACUACCAGCUCUUCAUCAGCCGUUUCAAAGCCGGUAACAACCACACAGCCACUGAAACCUGUCACAGGGUUUUGGCCUCAAGUAUGGCCAUUGUUCAAAUCACUGCUCGAUGAAAACGCAUAUGCGACAUUUGCCCUUCAGCCAAGACCACAUUUGACCUAUUCAGGAUUUCUAGAAACAGCUCUUCGGAUCAAUUGGGUGAAACUGCUGGUCUUCAGCCUUCCAGUCUAUCAUGCUUUAUUUUGCAUCUCCUUAUUUCGACCUACAAAUCCGCUUCAAUUGAUAACCUUACCAUUCCGACCUACAGCGCUAUUUUUAUCGCUAACUUCAUAUACUGUUUUGCUUGGUUUGCUAUUGAUUUUACCAGGUCAAAGGUUCAGUAUCGCCAGUAAGAAAUGGACGAUUCAAGAUCAUGCGGGUUUACGUGAUGAACGUCUGGCGGGCGGAUUUACUCUCUCGGCUGGUUCUCCGGCCAGUUUGUUGGUUCGUUCAUUACGUCAAGGUGCUUUGUGGCGAGGUGUGUUGUUGCAUGCUGCUUUCGCUUUGGCCAUAGCUACGACACAUGGCCUGGCUUUGGCCCAUUACACGAACACGGUUUCUGUUGAUGGAGCUUCGAAGAGCUCUAAUCCGUGGUCUCCUUACCAUCAAGUCGCAGUACGACUUUCACAAGGAUACAAGACUACUGCAAUCCGACCAAAUGAACGAUUUUGGUUCCUUCUAUGCAGUAAUGCGAUCCUUGGUGCAACAUAUGCGAUCAUUCGUUCAGUAUUGUUCUCCAGACCACAGGUUCCAGGAGCAGGUGCUCCGGCACCAUUUGCUCCAUCACGAUUUGAAGCACAGGCGACGUUUGAAUCUGCACUUAUACGAAUUGCAGCAAAAGGUCGUCAAACAAUCUAUCGUGCAGUAUUUAUUGGAGCUAUUACGCCUAGUAUCAUCCUUCAGGGGUAUCUUCUCAUCCGAAGGCCGUUCUUCCGUGUCGUUCUUUCGCUCAUAGGACACCAUUCACCAUUACGGCCUUUGUUGGUUCCAUCUUUCAAACGACCAUUGUCCAACGUUGACUUGAUCUUCCGCGUCUCACUCUUGGGACUGGUAACAGUUUUGAUCUUGGAGGCAUUCUGUGUUGCCUGGGAAGUAUUGUCAACCCAGCCAAUAGGUCUUGGUACGGGCGGUUUGAGUAGAUUUUCUAGUGCGCCUACAAAGUGCUUGAUUAAAGGGAUGCAAAGCAGAAGGAUACCAUUGCCAGAAGAAGCACAUCUCGGAAGCAGUGAGAGAUCAUACUAUUCACACUUUGCAUUUGCUGAAAUGGCAACUGUGAUGGCUACAGAUGCAGAACGACGAAAGGCAAUCUUCCGCGAUGUUGGUCAAUCUACUGGUGGUAAUGGAGGAAAUAUUCUUCCUUCUAUCCCUUCUUCGGGCUUGGAUAGCGGAGCAGGCCGUAGUGCAUGGGCAGUGAUUGCGGGAGAAUGUAUCAAUGUCAUUCAAGAAGAGCGAAAAUGGCUGUUGAACAAAGGCAAGGAGCCAGUCGCAUCCGGUGCAACGUCUUCCUCAAGCUCGCAAAAGCCAGCCAGUCACUUGAAACCAGUAGAUGCUGCUCAUCAGGUAUCUUUAGCAACAGGAAACACUGGCGUAAAUAAAGGUAAACCAUCUAUUUGGGACCGAUUGGCUUCGUCUUCGCCCAUUGCAUCACAGCAAAGUGCUACAACAGCUCAACCAUUGACAGCUGCAACCUCUACUCAAGUCAAUACUAACGCCACAGAGGGAUUGAAUUCGCUGCUCCAUCGUAUUGCGCCGCCACCCGUACAAUCUACCACGACACCAGCUUCGUCUACAAGUGGCACCGCAACAGGUUCGAGCACUGGUGUAUCAGCAAGCUCAGCAUCAAAAAUCACGUUAUUGGAUGUUUUCGUGAAUAUCUUCAUCUCCUCUGUGCAAUCACUUGGAUCUCUCUUCAAUCUCCUGCCGUCAGAUUUGCAACACGUUUUGCGAAAUUCAUUUGUGGCACGCAAAGUUGAAGGAGCACAAAGAUGGCUUUUUGCCUCAUCCGAUGAUUCACUCUUGGCGAUUGGUGUUCUACCUCAUGAUGAAGCAUUGGUUACCUGGAGUGUUCAAAUCUUGGGAUCGUUGUUGGCGGCAAGUUUGGAACAAGAUGAAUAUGGUACGGUAGCUUUAGCUGCUUCUUCACGAUUAGGAAUCGAUGACGUUUUGGAAGAAUGUGCGAUGUUAUUGAGUGGUUUGCAACAGCUUGGUAUGAAUAUCACCGCGCAAAAGCGAGCAGAUGGAACAGGUGCUUCUGAUACGAGCUUGUUCGUCUUUGAUCAUGAUGUCGCACCUUUGAUCACCGCUUUGCGAACGACUAUCACGCUCGUCUUGGGUGCUUUUGAGCCUACAGGAUAUCGAUUACGUCCUUCAUGCAGAAAAGCUGUUGAUGAUGCUCUGGCGUCACCAAAGUCUUCUGACUGAAGAGCAUACAAUACUCUACAAUAAUACAACUAUGUACUACUACUUUAAUCAAUAAUGAAAAGGUCUAAAAGCGUAUAACAUUGGCAUUCUAUGAAUGAUGUGGGGAUAAAAUACAGGAUACGACAAAGUUUGUCCGAAUAUAAAUACACUAUUCACGAAAGGAAGAAUUCUUGACUUCUGCUUCGACGAUGGAAUUGGUUUGGAAAAUGACUUUGUUCGGAUGUUGUUAUGCUCAUAUUAUCAUCUUCUUCAUCACUUGAAUAUUCGUCAUAAAGAGCAACAACUUGCAUCGUUGGACUUGCAUAUU